CUCCUUCAUCUUCUCAAGUUAAAAAAUGCAGCUGUUCAACUUGCGCAGCGUUGACUGCGCGGACGCUGUCGGGGGUGGCGCGACCUGGCAGGAGAAGGCGCUGGAUCUGCAGGACGAUGCAGGCCACGAGUGUCUUCUCAACCCACACGAGCUGCAAGGGACGCCCGAGGAGCGCCACAGCCAUGCACAAGACCGCAACGCUCCACACGAGGCACUGAACGCAAUGCACCUCAUCCCGUCGCCCGCAGUGACCGCCGCCGCUGCUGCGACUGCAGAGCUCGCCUCGACGACAUCGAACGGCAAUGUUCAUUUGAGUGCAGGCGGACGACAGGCGCACCGAUCGGGCGCGGGAUUGUCGCUGCCAGACCAGCAGCUUGGCGCCAAAUCUGCGCGAUCUCGUGUUUCAGGCCUGCGCUCGGCGUAUGCUGCUGUUGUCCCGCCAGAGCAGGUCAAUGCAGGCUCGGUUCCACUCUGCCUUCCCCACGAUGCGGAUCUGGAAGCGCAUGGUGCGGCCGGCGUCUUGCCGUCGUCGUCGUCGUCGUCGCUGCCGUCGUCGGCCUCUGCAUCCUUCUCCCCAUCCGCGUCCGAAGGUUCUGCUGCAGCGCCCCUGGCCACGACGCGGGCCCUCGUGUGGCGCUGCUACCGAAACGUGCUUGAUCUGCAGGACAUCUCCUCGGGCGGACCACUGCUCGACGCCUGCUUGCAGCUGCGCUUCCCGUUCGCGAUCGUUGGCCAGCGCCCAGCCAUCAUCGAGACGGCAACGUCCGUGUGCGUGUUUGUUGUGACGCGCUACACGGCGCAUCGCCUCGUGUUUCCGCAUCCUUCACUUCCUCUGACGGAGCAGCAGCUGGAGCUUGCAGCGAAACUGCGCGCCCAGCUCCACACGAUUUGUGUCAGCGUUGCCCAACUCUACGGCGCCAACGCAAGUGCCGUGCUGGGCCCGACCGAAAGCAUGCAGCAACGCGACGUGAAUUCGAACAGCUCCCUCUCCUUUUUGGCGAGGGUCGAUGCCCGUGAGCUUUGUGCCAAUCGUCACCACGUUGCAGUGGCCACCCGAGGCGCUGUCCCUUCUUCCAUUUCCGCAGUCUCUGAAACCACACUCACGGUUGGCUGCGAGGACGGCCGCAUGUUGUUGCUACGCUUCCCAGACGCGACCCCACGCCAGUCGUCGUACGCCGGACUCGGCUCACACACCUACGAGGAAACUGUGCUGCAACAGGCUGCAGCUUCGGUGAUGCAGCGACUUUGGUCGGGCUUGGCCGUCUUCUCCUCGGCUGCUCUCGGGCCCAGCACCACACCUCGCCAACGCCGAUCGUUCAGUUCGCGCAACGCGGCAGAACGCGCGCUGACUCGCGUGGUCGCCUGCCAAACCUUGCUGCCUGCCAUGUCCGCUGACCGUCUCAAACAAGGACAACGGUCGCGGCAAUCUCGGUUUGAUGCCAUGCAAUCGGAUGACAACCAGGACGACGACGAGCCUUUGGGCACGGAAGAGGAUGUUGACACGACCGUCGCCGUGCUCCAUGCGGACGCGCGACUUCGCAUGUGGCAAACCGGCUCGUUGGUCCACGAGUGCGUUGCAGACGUUGACUUGGUUGAAUUCCUGUCCCUCGGGCACGGCGCCAUUGCUCGUGAUGCCACUGGCCCUUCCGCUGCCUCCAUCACCCGCGAGCGCAUUGCUGCCGCGGCCACCAGCUCCAAGCAUCUCUUGCGAGUUGCCUUCCUGUCCGAGACCACCUUCCGCUUGGCCGUCUACCUUUCGAUCGGCGAGUUGUCCCAACUGCUUCUCUUUGACGGCACGCUCGCAACAAGCACCGCCGACCUCCCCGUGCAGUUGGCGCACAUUGCCACCAAGUUUGUGUCGGCGCAUGGAUCCUUGCUCGACAUGUCCCUGACGGCGACGUCGCUGUGGACCCUGUGGCGCACUGUGCAUGCCGACGGUGGCGCCGACACUUCCAUGGCGCGCGUCGCGCCUCUUCACUCGGGCAUGCAAGGGUUGGUAUUUGGUGAAUGGAUUGAGCUCCCUCUGAGUCACGAUUACAUUGGACUGGAUGCUACUCCUCUGCCGUUGGCGGUUGUUCCUGGUCCUUCCGCAGCGACAUUUGCCAACUCGUCGCUUGUUCAAAUGAUUGCCAGCAACGCGGACCCGACGCCGUCCGGCAGCCGACCACAGCUGACCGCCAGUCACAUCCGUGAUGUAUUUAUUGCUCGUAUUUUCGCGGCUGGUCGCUUCUCGCGAACCGUGCUCCGUGCGGCCAUUUCGUCGUUUGCCGCUGCACUUCGAAUUCCCGCCGACCCGCUUGCGGCGUCCGCACCGAUUGCACGCUUCCACGUGGCGGCAGAGCAUGCUGUCGACUCUGAGAUUCGCGAGAGUCUUGCUGUGUCGGGUCGUGACUCGCCCUCCGAGUCCGAGUUGGCGCAAGCGACCAUGGCCUCGUGGGCCCGACUCUACUCGUGCUGUCUUGGCUGUGCCUCGCAUGCGAAUGUCGCGCUCGGUCUGUUCUGUGACACCUCAUCGGAUGUCUUUGGCGUUGUUCGGUUGGACGGUGUUUCUCUGAUCAGGUCUGUGGCGGCCCUCGAACGCGUUCAUGUGGAGCGCGAAACCCUGUUUGGUGCCGCCAAAUCAAGCUCGACGCCGUCCGCCAGUCCGAUUCUGACACCCAGCGCACCCUUGGUUUCGGCUUGUGCGUCACUGCUCUUGGCAACCCAGCCGGCAGUCUCUGCUGAGCCCAACCACAAGCGGCCCGUCCUCAGCGCCUCUGAGCAAGCCGACUCGCGGUCCGACCUUGCUUCGCUCGCAAACAACGUCGAGCCGAUCGAAAUGGCGCGCCUGCUGUUGUGCAUGUCCCUUGUGUCUGGCGAGACCAACGCCACCAUCGACGAUUUGCUGCUGGAUCCGCAAGACCCAUGGACUGCUGUCGCUGCCCGUCUUGCCCCAGUGUUUGACUCGGCGCCGUCUCUGCAUCGACAUCGCUAUCCUCACUGGAGCAAAAACGAACUGCUCUCGCAGCUGAGGACGGGUGCCGUGGCCGCGCUGGUGGAUGGCCAAUUUGACGAGCUCGUUUCGGGAAGUGCCACGGCUACCUUCCCCAUCCGCUUUUCCUCCCAAUUUAAGCCUCUUCGCUGCAAGGUAGCCGUCAUUGCCCGGUUGCUGCUUGCGCUGCAGCCUGAGCAGUACGACAACGAAGCUUUCAGCCCGGCACAGAGUGAGUGGAACGCCAUCGCCCCGUGGCCGGCUUCGUUAGUGGCUGCCGCUUUCCAGCAAACAGUGACUGCCCGCCUGGCGCUCUGCUUUGAUCUGCUCUUGCUAUUCGGUGUUUUGACGCGCUUGCGUGGCACGACCUGCUUGACAAACAAGGAACUCUCCCAGUGCAUGUCGACCCUGCUUCCUGAAUGCAUUGCGCUGGUCAAGAAGUACAUGAUUUUGUACUGGAUUUCGCUUCAGCGACCGGUUCCGUCGGUCUCAGCAGAGUCGGUGUCCACAUCCUCCAAAACGAUGCUUGCACUGCUUGGCGAAGACCGCAGGCAACACACGGCUGCGCGCUUGCAAAAUGCCGACGCCCUCGUCCACUUGAUUUUGGCUGAUAGCUCGCAGUCUCGUCUUAAUGUUCCGCUGGCCCAAGUUGACGCGACCGUCUCUUGGUUGAUUUCUCGCUUAGUGUCAACGACCGAUAGCAACGUUCAAUUUGUCGCUUCGGGCCUGCAGUCUCAUGGCCAACAGGGCUUGUUGAUGGAAUUCGUGAGCUUGCUUGACAACCCACCCCACUCGGUCCUCUUCCUCGCCGGUCAAUUCUUCCUUGCUUCCAACCAGCCCGCGGCGGCGAAGGAAUACUUUACCAAAGCCAGUGUCGGCAUUCGGGAUGGCAACUCUGCCCUUUUCGCCGUGAUCAACGAUGCGGAAUCUGAAAGUCUCAUGAACUCUAUCGCCUUUACGGAUUCCGAAAAGCAAACCAGCUUUGCCCUCGUUACCUACUAUUUGCAUGUUGUUCGACUGUUCGACCGUCGCGCUGCAACAGCUCAGGCCCUCGAAUUUGCUACCAUCGCGCUCGGCUUGGCUUCCGAUCAAGAUCCUCGCAAGUCUUCGCUGUGGUCGAACAUUUUCAAGUUCUGUCUCGAUCUCGCGCCGCAGGACUCGUCGUUGUACAUGAAGGCGUAUGCCGCGAUGAUUGCCAACCAGGAUCGCAAAGCAUGCCUGGAUUGUCUGCUGCGGUUCAUUGUGGUGUUGAGCGAGCGUCAGGAGAUUGAUCUCCUGUGCCGCAUGCCCUACACUGGUCUCGAAAGCGAUGUCGAGUCGGCGCUGCUCCUCAAGGCCCACAACAUGAACGUGGUUGCCGCCUCACCCAAUUAUUACGAAAUUCUGUACUCGUUCCACGUCUUCCGCAGUAACUACCGCAGCGCUGCGCUGGCCAUGUACGAGUUUGCUCAACGCUUGGGGAGCGAAGUCGCACCGAAAGAGAUGGUACACUGGUGCGAUUUGCAGGCACGUUGCUACCUUGCGGCUGUGAACGCCUUGCGUCUGGUCAAGCCGGAGAAUGCUUGGCUGCGCGUUCCUUCCAGCUCUUCGGUGCAGGAGUCGAAUCAAGCCAUGAUUCAAGGAUCAUUCAGCUCUCCCAAGCGAAAACGAACCGCUUCGGCGUUGCAAGACGAGGCCCUGAGUGAUGAAACGCGUAUCGAAGAGGAUCACGGAGACUCACGAUGCGUUAUUGUGGAGCUGGACGACAUUUCUCGCGAGCACUUGCUGGUGACUGCGCGAUGGCGGUUGCUGCAACACAAUCCUGAGCUGGCCACUGCCAUGGCUGGAAUUUCGCCAUCGCCCAACACCGUGUUUUCACUCUUGUUGCAGACCGGCUUCUACGACACGGCCGUUGCUCUCGCGACCAAGUUCUCAAUCAACCUGGUGCCCUUGUUUGAGUCGCUCGCUUCGCGCUGCGCCAAUCUUGCCGCUGCCUCCACCAAGCCGUCGCAAUUGACGUCACACAAAUUGGUCGAGUGGCUGCAACACAACAUUCUGUCGCUCGUUUCUCGCGACGCGACCGACUCUGCUUGGCGACUUCUGCAGAGCUAUCUCGACGCGUUCGAUUCAGCAGAUACCAACUAUGAGUACCACCGAGCCGUGGUGCAUCGACUCUUGGCUAUCGAUCGCCGGAUUAAGCUUCCUCAAUGGCUCAUCAUGUCCGCCAAGUCCAAGCAUCCUGUCGAUCUCAUCCAAGUGUUCCUCAAGUUCGCCCUGCUCGAGGACGCUGCAGGUGUAGCCCUGUACUAUAUCAACGCAAUGAAGCGGUUUGCCGACGAGAUUUCUGUGCCGCAGUCUGAUGACACGGUCGCCGCGCUGCGCCCAGCAUUCUUGCCACCGCAGACUGUCGGGCAGGGUAAAUUGACCGAGCGACUACCGUUUGCCACAUGGCUCCCAGUCAACGUGUUUGAUCAACUACUCGCCGCCUUGCGCGACGCCUCCACAACAACGAGCAGCACUCGUGCGGGUCGAUCCACUGCCACCCCGUCGGAAUCUCAACUGCACUCUCUCGCUGCUCAGCUGACCAAGGCCCUUGCCGAGUACAACCGCUCGUUGGAACAGCAUGCGCAGGCCCUGUCCCUCAGAUCUCACACCUCUGUCGUGCCCAUGCGCAGCUAAUUUUUGAUUCGCCGACUGGAGCAUGUAACAAUCAAAAGCUUCCAUAAUCAC